AUGAUAGAAAAAGAAACUAAAGAAGAACUUGAAGAGUUUAAUUGGAAUAAUAGUGAAAUUUACAUUUCAGAUGAUGAAAUAAAAGAAAUAGAAUCGAGGGUGGGUAUAUCUUCCUUAUUUUUUAGAAUUUUUGAAAAAAUAUGUAGUUUUAUUUUUCUUAUUUUAAUUUGUUUAAGAGCGUUAUGGUACCUCUUUAAUUUGUAUAGUAUAUUUGAUAACAAUUUAAAAAUUAAUUUUAUGAUUGAAAGUAGUUUAUUAAUAAGUGGAAUUUUUUUAUUCAUUUCAUUAAUUUUUAACAUAAUAUUGUUUGUAUUUAAAAAAACAAAAUUAUUUUAUACUAUUGAUUAUUAUAUUACAGUAAUCAAAUUGUUUGUUGUAAUAUUGUGGUUGUUAACAUCUUAUUAUUUAAUUGAUUUUAUAUUUAUUGAUAGCAUGAAAUCUUUUAAUCUAAUUAUGAAAAGAUGUAUUGAAAUUGCUAUAUUAUUCACUGUAAUGUUAAUGUUUUUUAGUUUGUUAAUUAAAAAAUUAAAACUUUUAUUUAUCAAAAAAUCAUUAACUAACAAAAUGAAAUAUGUUGAAAAUACUGAAAAAAUAUUAAAGAGAAUACAAUCAUUUAAUAAAAGUUCAACCUUAAUAACACAUAGCAAUGACAGUAUUGUAAAUAUUUCUAGGUUAGAAAGUAGUAAAUCAAUUGAUCUUAUAAAUGAGUCUGAAGAAGGCAUGCUUCUUAAAAAACCAACAUUAAAUAACAUUAAUGAAGCUAUCAACCUAGCUAAAGAUGUAUUUAAAAAACUUUCAACCAACAAUAUUGAUAUAAAUUUUGAAAGUUUUUCUAAAAUAUUUGAAGAUAAACAAGAAGCUUUAGUUGCAUUUGAUUACUUUGAUUAUAGUAACGAUCAAUUAGUUCAUAAAAAGGAAUUUAGAGACACAAUCAUUAAUUUUUAUCAAGAAAGGUUAAUAUUAACUAAAUCACUCAAAUCAGUUAAAAGUUUUUGUAAUGUUAUUGUUAGGUUAAUUUAUGUGAUCAUUUUAUUUAUAAGUUUUUUAUUAAGCUUAAUUAUUCUCAAAGUGUCAAUAACUAAGUUUUUAAGUGUUUUAGCUUCCUCUGGAUUUGUAAUUCAUAUAUUUGGUGCUAAUAUGAUUGAUAAGAUUGUUAAAAGUAUUUUACUACUGAUUUCACAUCCUUAUGAUAUUGGUGAUGAAGUUAUUGUAUCUAAUGAGGAACUUAAAGUUUUUAAAAUGGGAUUAUUAUCAACUUCUUUUAUAAAUAUAGAGGGUCACAUUUUAAAAUUUAAUAAUUCUGAUCUACUCAAUAAUAAGAUAUUUAAUAUGACUAAGGCACCCGAAAAAAUACUCAUAUUUAAUUUUAGUUUACCCUCUGAAAUACCUAAUUCAAAAUUAAUUCAAUUAAAAAAUAAGAUUUAUGAUUUCCUUAAAGAGAAUUUUUUUGAUUAUCAUGAUACUUUCAAAAUAGUAAAUGAAGAAAAAACAGGUUCCAGUAUUAAAAACAUCAGAGCAUCAAUAGUAUUGAAAUGUAAAGGUUAUAAAAAUAAACCAAAAAGAUUUAUGCUUAGAGCUGCAUUUAUUUCAUACUUGUCUCAGAUUUGUCAAAACCUUAAAAUUAGUUUAGAUCACUAA